AGUUCAGAACUAGAGUGAGGUAAGGCAGAUUUGAUUUGAGGUUGAAGCAGAAAUCCGAGACUCUCUACUUCUCGAGACUUCCGCCCCUAGCCGACGUACACAGAUCCCGAUCCCGGAGUUCUGCUUGGCCGGUGAUCGGAGAUUCACUGAAGUUAGUAUAAUGGGUUUAGGAUUUGUAAUUGGCGCAUUUGGAGUCCUGAUUCUCGCUCAUGCAGCUGUUUCAACCAUUCAGUAUAAAGGUUUGCUGAAGAUUAUAGAGGAGGAGUUUUCAGGACCUCCAAUGAAUGUGUUAGGAGAGCUGCUUCUUGGUUUAAUGUUCUGUAUGUGGGCUGCUUUAACUGCACCGGGAAAGUUCCUAUCCAUCCAUUCUCAUUCUGAAGAGAAUAGGAUAGUUUCUUUACCGGAGAGUAUGGACUUCAUUAUUUUCAACCACCGUGGUAAAGCGUUUCCUCCUGGAAUGGACAUGAGACUGAAUCAUUGAUGUCUACUCAAUCUAAUGAUCGGGUGCUAUUCAAGCAAAGCAAAUUCUCUGACAAAUUUAAAAAUUGGAAAGAGCACAAACUAGUGCAUGUGACAGCUCGGCUAUUUGGCACUUAAUAUUAGUUAUGUAAUUAAUUAUUUAAUUUUGUUUUGUGUAUCCUAUAUUUUAUCUUAUUUGCCAUCAUUUGGUCAUCUAACUUGAAGAUUAAUCUAUCACGGGUUCUUUGAUCAUCACA